AUGGCGCCGCGCUUCAGCGUGAGCUGCGCCGCGCGGGGCCGCCUCCGCGCGCGCGGGCGGGCCCGGGGCCGGGGCGGCCCGACACGGCCCCGGCGCGGCCCCGCGAGGCGCUGCGACCGCCCCGCGCCCGCUCCCAGCGCGGCCCGCGAGGCGCCGGGCCGCUGCUCCGGUGGCGCGGCCGUUGCUGCUGCUCCGUCAGCCACGUGGGUGCGGGGCGGUGCAUCACGGCACGCCCGGGGGCGGCCGGCGCGCAGUGCCACCAUUCCUCAGCAAGAGCAAGCGAAGCAGCAGCUGCUGCGCACGGGGCGGCUGGCAGGGCAGCGAACGGCGCGGCCCCGCCUCAGCACCACGGACAGCGGCGGCCGCCCCGGGAAGGGGAGCGGGCCCUCCCUGUCCUGGGGAAGCACCUCGAUCCGUACGGGAUAUCAGUGCGUGCGCGCUUGGCACUCCCUCGCCAGCACUUCGGGCAAAUGGCUCUUGACUCGUGGUGUUCGGCUGCCGUCGUGUGAAUGGGAGGGAGGCGGGGUUCUCUGCCGCGCUCCUCCCGGGCGCAGCGCGCAUCCCGCCACAGCGCGCAUCCCGCCACAGCGCGCAUCCCGCCACAGCGCGCAUCCCGCCUCAGCGCGCAUCCCGCCUCAGGGCGCAUCCCGCCUCAGCGCGCAUCCCGCCUCAACGCGCAUCCCGCUACAGCGCGCAUCCCGCCUCAACGCGCAUCCCGCCACAGCGCGCAUCCCGCCUCAGGGCGCAUCCCGCUACAGCGCGCAUCCCGCCUCAGGGCGCAUCCCGCCACAGCGCGCAUCCCGCUACAGCGCGCAUCCCGCCUCAGGGCGCAUCCCGCUACAGCGCGCAUCCCGCUACAGCGCGCAUCCCGCCUCAGCGCGCAUCCCGCCUCAGCGCGCAUCCCGCUACAGCGCGCAUCCCGCCUCAGGGCGCAUCCCGCCACAGCGCGCAUCCCGCCACAGCGCGCAUCCCGCCUCAGGGCGCAUCCCGCUACAGCGCGCAUCCCGCUACAGCGCGCAUCCCGCCUCAGCGCGCAUCCCGCCUCAGCGCGCAUCCCGCUACAGCGCGCAUCCCGCCUCAGGGCGCAUCCCGCUACAGCGCGCAUCCCGCCUCAGGGCGCAUCCCGCCACAGCGCGCAUCCCGCCACAGCGCGCAUCCCGCCACAGGGCGCAUCCUGCCUCAGCGCGCAUCCCGCCUCAGGGCGCAUCCCGCUACAGCGCGCAUCCCGCUACAGCGCGCAUCCCGCCUCAGCGCGCAUCCCGCCUCAGCGCGCAUCCCGCCACAGCGCGCAUCCCGCCUCAGCGCGCAUCCCGCCUCAGGGCGCAUCCCGCCACAGGGCGCAUCCCGCCUCAGGGCGCAUCCCGCUACAGCGCGCGUCCCGCCACAGCGCGCAUCCCGCCACAGCGCGCAUCCCGGGCGCAGGGCGCAUCCCGCCACAGCGCGCAUCCCGCCACAGGGCGCAUCCCGCUACAGCGCGCAUCCUGCCACAGGGCGCAUCCCGCCACAGCGCGCAUCCCGGGCGCAGCGCGCGUCCCGCUACAGCGCGCAUCCCGCCACAGCGCGCAUCCCGCUACAGGGCGCAUCCCGCCUCAGGGCACAUCCCGCCGCAGCGCGCAUCCGGGGCGCAGCCCUCGGGCGCCCGUCCCGCAGCAGCUCUGCCGCCAAGGGCAGCGGCCGGAGACAAGGGCGCCUGCAGGCGGCUCCUGCCCCGCCCGUCCUCCUCUGCCCCGCCCUGCCCCGCCCUGCCCCGCCCCGCCCCGCCCUGCCCCGCCCCGCCCUGCCCGCUGCGGCAGGACCGCGCCCGCCGCACGCCCGCGCCUGCACCUCCGCUAG